AUGCCAUCUCCUACCAGUGCCGGAGUCCUCCAGACACAUAUACUCACCGAGAAGCACACGAUCUUGAUCCGAGAUGAAAUAUACGGCGAGGAACUCGUCCACGAACCAGUUCUCGUAGACCUUCUGCAAAGCCCCGAGGUGCAGCGACUGCACGGGAUCUGCCAGCACGGCGUCACCGGAUUCUUGGGCCUGACGCCGCGCGUCACGCGGCUCGAGCACUCGGUCGGCGCAUUUAUGCUCGUGCGAAGAGUAGGUGGCGUGAUGGAAGAGCAAGUCGCUGCUCUUCUCCACGACAUCUCUCAUACCGCCCUCAGCCACGUCAUCGAUUACGCCCUCUCCAAGCCUGGGGAAGAAAGCUACCACGAGGUGCACAAGACGCGGUAUCUUGCGACGACGCGGCUGCCGGAUAUCCUCGCCAGACAUGGGAUUACUCAGAACGUUUUCCAAGAAGAACUGUUCCCGUUGGUGGAGAUGCCUUCGCCUCAACUGUGCGCCGAUCGUCUGGACUACGCUUUACGCGACGCAGUCAGCUUCGGCAAACUUGCUAUGGAAGACGCCAGGAGGGUUGUCGGCUCAUUGAAGGCGUUUCCCAGUGCUACGGCGGCCAACCGUCUGCUGGUGCUGAACGACCCCCAUGUAGCGCUCACUCUUUCCCGCGCGUACAUCGCCGCCGACAAAGACGUCUGGUCAAGUCCAGCUCACAUCGACAUGUAUCAGCGGACGGGCCGGGUGAUAGGCGAACUGGUAGAGGCAGGGUCUGUGGAUGAUGAGAUGUUGUGGCAGGUGUCCGACGCAGAAUUCUGGACUCUGCUUCGUCAGGCGGCGAAUCCUGAGCAGCUUCGCGCUAUCAAGAGACUGGAAGACGAAGGGAUUCCGGAGGACGACGGGCUCCGACUACCACAAGGCGCGAAAAUUCGAACUCUCGAUCCAGAUGUUUGGCAAGGAGGAGAAGAGCAACCGGCGCCGUUGUCGAUGGUGUUGCCAACGUGGGGAUCAGAGCGACUACAGUAUAUUCGCAGCCGUAGUCAGCAUUGA